AUGAGUGACCAUGGAGACAGCAGCAGAGGCCCAGUGGAGGAACCACAUGGGGGCCAUGGGGAUAAGCGCAGUGACGCUGCAGUCAAAAGAAGAAUGAAUAAGAAUGUGGCUGCAGAAAGUAUCCCCAUGGAAAAAUCCAGAGGUGUGCUCUGCAAAGUCUGCCCAGAGAGGGCUUUUAAGUCCUGUGUCACCUGCAUGGCCUCGUUCUGUGAAGAACAUGUGAAGAUGCACUACAUACUUCCAGCACUGCAGAAGCAUCAGCUAGUGGAGGCCACUGAAGACCUGGGGCAGGGACUGUGUCUGCAGCACCACCCACCAUUUGAGCUGUUUUGCAAAACGGACCAGACUCCAGUAGACCCUUUCCCCAAAGAAACACUGGCUGUAGAGGAGCACCUAAUUAGAAGGGGCUCUUUAAACUGCUAUCAACUACCAACAAAGAAGAGCAGCAUCAGUGAAGAUGGGAACAUUAGGAGACGGACGUUUGGAGCAAAAGACUCUAAAAGUAUAAUCAAAACCAUCCUUCUAGUUGGAGAAACAGGAGCAGGGAAAACAACUCUCCUCAACACCAUGGUCAACUACAUGUUGGGGGUGGAGCCUAAAGAUAGAGUUUGGUUUGAGAUCACAGAAGACAACAAGAAGUCACAAACUGAAUCUCAAACAGCAGUGGUCACAGUUUAUGAUGUUUUUGUGAAAGCAAGUUCCUUGUCACUACAAAUUAUAGACACUCCAGGUUAUGGAAGCACUGGUGGGAUUGAGUUUGAUCUAGAGGUUGCUGAGUCAUUGUUGGGUUUAUUCAGAUCAGAAGACGGAGUUCAUGAGAUCACUGCUGUUGGUCUAGUGGUAAAAGCAGGUCAGAAUCACCUCACAGACCAUCAAACAUAUGUCUUAAGUGCCAUUAUGUCCCUUUUUGGCCAAGACAUAGGAAAAAGCAUAGUGCCACUUAUAACACACUCAGAUGGUAUGUCUGUUGAUAAUGUAAUUGCUUCCCUUGACAAAGCUGCAGUUCCUUAUGCCAAAGAUAGUAAAAGUGGGAAUCCGGUUUAUUUCAUGUUCAAUAACCGUCAAUCAGAGGCCUACGAGAAAGGAUGUGAAGCCCUUCAUUGGAGUGCAUGGGACUUGGGAUACCACAACAUGGAGCUCUUUUUAAAGUUUCUGUACGACUCAGAUGAAACACAAGUGAGGAUGACAGAAGACGUACUGCGAGAACGAAAAGGUCUGGAAGCCCAUGUCUCCAAGCUAAAAAAUGACAUUGAGAUGGAAGAAGGGAAGCAGAAUGAGCUUCAGCAGAUUCAAAAGGCUUUGGAGGAAAAUAAAAAUAGAAUCAAGAACAAUGAAAACUUUACCUUUCCAGUUGAAGAGACAUUCAUGGACAAGGCUCCAAUUGACCUGCCAUGGUUUGUAGGCCUUUUAACCAAGAAAGCAAUGUGCUGCACCACCUGUGAGGAGAACUGCCACUAUCCAGGCUGCUGGUGGGUGAAAGACCUCUCCAGGUGCGGCGUCAUGAAGGAUGGCAGGUGCACUGUGUGUAGAGGAAAGUGCCCUGUCUCUGAUCAUGUGAAGGAGAAAUGGUUCUACAAGCCCAAAAAGCGUUUGGUCCGAAAGAAUUCUGUCGAUUUAAGAAAAAAAUAUGGGAAACAAGAGAACAUCGCCAAAAACCUUGAAAAAGAAAUAAAUGAGUCAAAAGUUCAAAUGAAGGAUUUGCUAGAGGAGUCCUACGACUGUAUUCUCAAACUGGAAGACAUUGCACUGAAAAAAGAUUCUAUGUGCCUUCUUAUUCAUCUUGACUUUCUCAUUGAAAAGAUGAAGGAGAUGGAAGAUGAGGAGAAGGUUAAGAAACUGGAGGAAAUACAAAACAGAAAUAGCGAUGCACAACAGGUAAGACUGGUACGCAUGCUUUCACUAAGACUUACAAAAAGUUACGUGACAGUCUUGUAGCAGUCAGAUAUUUACGUUUUCAAACGUUGUGUUCAAUAAAUCGGUGAGCAGUAACAGUGUGCAGAUUUCCUUUCUUCAAUUAUGCAUUGUUUAAAAUCAUUUAAUUUUCAAAUGUGAUCAAAUUACAAAUAUAAUUUCAUUGUUUCGUCACCUCCUGUAUAAACAAUGUCACCCACCUGGCUGUAAAUAUGCAAAAACACUUGUAUGCAAAUGUUUGGGAACCCCUCUUUGAUGAGAUUGUAUGAUUUGAUUUCCUGUAUUAUGUACUGCAACAUCCUUUACAACUUUUCUUUCCUUGAGUAGGCAUAUCAGUGUUGUCCAGAUCAUUAUGUGUAUAGUAACAAUGCAAAGUUUUAAUAAA